ACCUAUAUCGGGGAUCCAAUCUAUCCCAUUGAUGGUGAAUCGGAUGAGCAGUUAGCAGAUAGGACCCGCGAGGCGAUUGAAGACAUGAUUGCACGCUACCAAUGGCGACCAAGUAAUCUAAUAAUCGCUCUCCUUCAACGGAUACCGCGUUUCGACGCCUGGGUGCAACGAAAGAAUGAGCAGAAUUAUAAUUCUAAAAGACGGAAGGCUUCUUGA